AUGACGAUGGCGAUGGCUCAGCUUUUCGUCGGACCAUCCUCUACCUCAAGUGUUGGAAUAUCUAGGAACGGCGUUUCUGGGAUUAGUCGUGCCGAAAUUUCUUCGGUCACAUCAGUACAUUUACCGAGAAGGAUGUUUAUGCAGCUCGCUGGGAUGGGUUCAGUGUUGACGCUUCUGGAUUUUCCUGGUUUAGCUGCGCCACUUCCUCAGAUGAAGGAACCUGAAGUGAUCAGGACGUUGAAGCUCCCAAGUGGCGUGAGGAUUCAAGAGAUUCUUGAAGGAGAAGGACGAGAAGCUCAUGAAGGAGACCUGGUGGAAGUAAACUACGUAUGCCGUCGUGCAAAUGGAUAUUUCGUUCACAGCACUGUGGACCAAUUCAGUGGUGAAAGCUCUCCUGUCAAACUUUUUCUUGAUGACAACGACGUCAUUGAGGGCUUGAAGGAAGUCUUGUUGGGAAUGAAAGCUGGAGGGAAGCGUAGAGCACUGAUACCUCCAUCAGCAGGGUACAUAAACGAGACAUUGAAGCCAAUUCCCGAUGAGUUUGGACCACGACGCAGCCUUCUAUCACACGCAAACGAACCUCUGGUCUUUGAAGUCCAGCUCUUGAAAAUAUUAUAA